AUGACCGAUGUUAUCAACCCUUCUGGAUGGAAGGUUUGGUCGACUACCGAUCCUCGUACAGGUGCUGUCACCUUCGCUGAGUUUAACAACUCGGGUCCUGGCAAUUGGGAAAAUAACGAGGCUGCUCGUGAGGCUUUCGGCUAUGCUACUCUUCUCACAGAGGACACCUACUCUCUCGAAAGUGCCAUGGAUUCCACAGACUGGAUUGACAUGACUUACUGGGACUCAAUCGAUACCCCCACCUCGGUCUCGGGCACGUCCGCGACUGCCACGGCUACAUCUUCGGCUACUGCUACUGCUACUGCGGCAUACGAUGGAACAACGCCACCCAAUGGAGCCUACAUUGUCUCGAAGAGCAGCCUAGGAAGUAAUACCACGACGUACGAUACCAUCCAGAGCGCCCUUGAUGCGAUUCCCACUUCUUCAAAGAUCACCCCUACCAUUUUCAUUUACCCUGGAACCUAUGAGGAACAGCUUGUCAUCAGCAAGUCUGGGACUGUUAUUUUGGUUGGUUAUUCGGAAUCUACUUACGACUAUUCCAGCAACCAAGUCACCAUUCAGUACAACAGGGGUGUCGACACUGGCGCAGAUGAGUCUAACUCGGACAGUGCAACUGUUUAUGCUACCGGCAACUACUUCGAGGCGAUAAACAUCAACUUCGUGAACAACAAUGGCACCCAAAAAGAUAUCGCAUCUCUGGGCUUCGCCGUGAAGUCAAGCAAGUAUGCUAGUCUCUAUGGUUGCCAAGUAACAGGUAACCAAGAUGCGCUGUUGAUCAAUGGCUACUUGUGGAUGUCGAACGGAUACGUGGAGGGAAAUAUCGACAUGAUUUGGGGAAGUGGAGCUGGUUACUUCCUCAACACGACGAUUUCGCCCAAUGAGGACGGUAUUAACCUCACUGCUGAUAAGCGUGCUACCUCUGCAACUGCUGGAGGUUUUGUCUUCGAUCAAUGUACCAUCGUACCGUCCACUGGUGCAGGGUCGAUGUCGAAGAUCUCUCUCGGUCGGCCUUGGAAUUCCUACGCUCGAGUUGCUUACAUCGACUCUUACCUUGACUCCUGUGUUGAGUCUGCUGGCUGGAAUGAAUGGUCGUCUUCCAGCCCACAAACUGAUGGUGUCACCUUUGCAGAAUAUGGCAACAUUGGCCCGGGUUCAAGCACCUCGGGUCGUGCAUCCUUUGCCACACAGCUCAAUGAUACCGGGGUCGUUCAGUUUGAACUGGAUAACUUUUUUGCCACUACUUCUUGGAUUGAUCUGACGCACGUUGACGGGGUACCGUUCAUCGCGGGUACUGCAUCGACCACCACGUCAGCUGUAGUCACCCCCACGACCACCUCCACUGUAUCUUUCUCUUUUUCCACAGAGACUGUUACCAGCACGAUCGACGUCGUGGCCACAACUACUUCUGAUGUUCUGUCCACAGUUACACCCACUGACAAGACUUCGACUUUGAAGUCCACUAUCACUCUGACAAUUACCCCUGAUGUUGUGUCAAAGACCACCACCGCAAAGUCAACUAUCACAACCACUGUGACUGUGACUGAGCCGACAAAAACAUCCACGAAGACCUCGAUUGUGACAGUUGAUGUGGGCUCAACAGUUACACCCAAUCCAAAGACAAUUACCACGACUGAUAAGUCCACAACUACAGACACCGUGACUGUCACUGGAAAGGCCACUACCACGACGGUGAAGAGCACAUUGACCACAACAUCGACAAUCACUGCCGAAGUCUCCACUAAGACCAUCACAGAUACUGCGACGAUCACAAGUGUCAAAACCACAAGCGCCAAGGCUGGAAAAACAACUUCCACCAUUUACGUGACGAUCGGGACUGGAGGCACAACGACCAUCAGUACGAAGGCAACAACUUCAACUGUUACUUCCACUUCCACCAAGGCAACUACCAAGACCGUAACAACAACGAUAAGCUGCGAUGCUGCCACAAAGAAGAUGAAGCGUGGUCUUUUCCCUCGGGAUGUGACUGACGUAGUGACUGUCUAUGUCACCGAUGUCGAUAUCGUCACCAAGACUGCAACCACAACUUUGCCAGUUGUAACCGAUUAUAUUACCUCGGUCACCACAAAGACGACCUCAGUGAAGGCUUCCACUGUUACAGAGACUGUGACAUCCCUGGCUACGAAGGUCUCGAGUACCACGAUCCCAGCCGUGACAUCGACCAUCACCACUAUCGAGACAACUUCAGUGGGUAAGACUACCACUCUGAAAGCGUCCACGGUCACUAGCACUGUCACCAGCGCAGUCGAGAAGACCUCUACAGUGACUGCACCUGGUGAAACUGCGACAACUACCAGUGUUAAGACGACAGUAGUGAAGAGCACGCUUUCGCUGCCUGCCUCCACCAAGACCACUACUAAGACGACAACUAUUAAGAGCACUACCACUCUUCCCGCAACUACAAGCACUGUGAUCAAAACAUCCACGGUGACGAACAGUCCUUCCGUCACCAUCACGGAGCGUGCUACUUCUACCUCUACCAAGGUUGUAAGCACGACGUCGACUCAUACUGUGACUGCGACAAAGACGGCCAAGUGCUCCUGA